AUGGCUAAAGGUCUCCGCUCCAGUGUUAUGAAACGCAAUAAGGCGAAGCUACGUGCCGAAGUGUUUGUCCCGAUUGUUGAUAGGAGGACUGAAAGGCUUUCGACAAAACUCCAAGAGUUGGUGGCCAAGCCAAAAGGAGUAAAUAUGAAUGACGCAGAUAAGCUUGAUAUGAACAAAACAGAAGAAAGUGGUGCAGGAAAAGAAAUGGAUAUUGAUGUGCAACCUGGAGCAACCAAGCCAUCCGCCGAGAAUAUGGGACGAAUCCGGAAGAGAGUUCGGCGGAAGACAAGGCCCUCGAUCACAUUUGCAGCACGCCCUCAGAAGGUGAAGAGAGUUAACAAAAGGAAGUGA